CCUAGAUCUGUGGUCCCGUGGAUAGCGUUUCUAAUUGCUACGUAGAUCUCCGCUCAUCCUUGCUGUGAUGCUGUUAGAUUUUGUGCCGCAUAAGACGGCGCCGUUCCCGGCGUAAGAUCGCGUUCUUUCGCUCAAUCCUCCCUCUUUUUCGCAUGCUCCUUCUCCAGUCGACCCCGCAGAUGCAAUUGAACCAUGGCAGAACCGAAAUUCGAUGAAAAGGUCAUUGACCCUCAAAUACAACCACCCGACUACUACCAUAAUGCCGGUGAAGUCGAAGACAAUGCCGACCAUCUUCAGCGACAUCUGGGCAAUCGACAAAUCCAGCUCAUCGCCAUUGGAGGCUCGAUCGGAACGGCGCUCUUUGUGAGUAUCAAUGCCGGUCUUGCCAAUGGUGGUCCUGCAUCGUUGUUCCUUGCAUUCUCCUUGUCCUCAAUUAUGUUGGGUUUAGUGAAUAACUGUGCGGCCGAAAUGUCAACUUACAUGCCUGUUUCCGGAGGCUUCAUCCGUCUCGCCGGGAAAUGGGUCGACGAUGCGUUUGGGGUCAUGGCAGGAUGGAACUUCUUCCUCUAUGAAGCCCUCCUCAUCCCCUUCGAGAUUACGGCUAUAAGCACAGUGCUUUCGUAUUGGCGGGAUGAUAUCCCACCGGCUGCCGUAAUUGCAGUAUGUAUCGUCUGCUAUGCCGUCUUUAACGCGCUUGCAGUGCAUUACUAUGGUGAAUCCGAGUUCUGGCUCUCUGGCGGCAAAGUCAUACUGAUCAUCAUCUUGUUCUCCUUCACGUUCGUGACAAUGGUCGGCGGCAAUCCUAAGCAUGAUGCUUACGGGUUCCGUUACUGGAGAGACCCUGGCGCUUUCGCCGAAUAUCGUACCACCGGCUCCCUAGGGCGGUUUGAGGGCUUCCUCGCAGCACUCUGGACUUCUUCUUUCGCGGUCGUUGGGCCCGAGUACAUCGCGAUGAUAGCGGCAGAAGCGAAGCGGCCGCGUACCUACAUCAAGUCAGCAUUCAAAACCGUCUAUUUCCGCUUCGGGUUGUUUUUCAUGGGCGGCGCUCUGGCCGUUAGCAUUGUUCUUCCUCGCAACGAUCCGACGCUACUUGCGAUUAUCAACGGCGAUGCAGGCGGAUCAGGAACAGCUUCUGCUUCGCCAUACGUCAUUGCGAUGCAAAACCUUGGGGUCGAGGGACUACCCCAUCUGGUCAACGCGCUGUUGGUCACUUCGAUCUUUUCGGCUGGCAAUACUUAUACCUAUUGCGCUACGCGGAGCUUAUAUGGCCUGGCUCUUGAAGGACAAGCGCCUAGUUUUUUCCGGUAUUGCACGAAAAGCGGCGUCCCCAUCGUCUGUUUCGCUUUCGUGAUGUGCUUCCCCUGCUUGGCGUUCCUUCAGCUGGGCAACAAUUCGGCCACUGUGCUUAGUUGGCUAGUGAGCCUUAUCACUGCCGGCGGUAUUAUUAAUUUCAUCGUCAUCUGCUCGACAUACUUGAAAUUUUACUACGCGACUAAGGCGCAAAACUUUGAUCGGAGCAAGUUGCCAUACACUGGUUACCUGCAGCCAUGGUGCGGCUGGAUCGGAUUGUGUUGGAUGAUAUUCGUCGUCUUCACCUAUGGCUAUGCCUCGUUCAAACCUUGGAGCGUCAAGAACUUCUUCAUAAAUUAUACCAUGGUUCUCCUGGCCCCUGUCCUGUUCAUUUUCUGGAAGCUUGUCAAGCGCACGAAAUGGAUCCCGUCAAGCCAGGUGGAUCUUAUAUGGGAGGCACCAAUCAUUGAUGCGUAUGAAUUAACUUUCUACGAACCGCCGCUGAGUUUCUGGGUCGAAAUGUUGCAGUUGAUGGGAAUCAAGAGGAAGGGAAAGGGAGAUCGGAGGUCCAGUAUCGCCAUGCGACCGUAGAAUUCCCCUUAAUGAGCUACGUCGUGUGUGUCGGACAGGACAUGGACUAUGCUUUGGCAGUUAGCACCUUUCCGUAGGGAAACUGCGUUCUACGCUUAAUGAAUGAUCCUAACUUUUUGUUUAUCUACUUGUUGAUACGCGAGAUGAAUGACAGGAAUCUGAGCAAG